AUGCAAAGGGAUCUCCUUUCUCAAGAGGGAAGGAAUCACCUUCUGAAUACAAGCCUUUCUUUUUCAGCUUCUUCAUUACUUCCGAAUCUCUUAUUUCCAAGUGCUCAUCAUUUAUUUUCAAAUGGUUUUUCAAUCAGUAAGAGUUGUUCUUCCAUGGUGCUUAAGGAAGGUGCUGCUGUUCAGGCAAAUCAGGAUUUAAAUCUUGAUCAAAUGAAUCAUCAUCACUGUAGGAGUGUGGAUGAUGGUUCUGAUGGAAGAUGGUUUAAUUUUCCACCACAUUCAAUGAUGGUUCAAGCCGAGGAAGAGGCUGCGUUCAAUAAUGUAACAUCUUCAUCACCAUCGGUUUCAUUGUAUGGUUUCUUUUCUGCUGGUGUCGGAUUGUCAAAAAGAGCAAAAACAAAAAACAUGCGGCAUGUAUUAAAUGCACAAUCUUUCUAUCCAAAUGUUGGACAUAGUGAUGAAGUGGAAGAGAAAAGUGCAGGUGAAGACUCGUAUUUUCAAUGUUCACUUGCUAUUGGGGUUGGUGACGGUGUUGGUGGAUGGGCCAAGUACAACGUUGACCCUAGCUUGAUAUCCAGAUCAAUCACUGCUAAAGUCCUUGCAAUAUUUCAAGAAAAAGAAAUCAAAAUAUUUAAUUUUAUUCAAAAAACUAAUUUUCAAGAAAUGACAGAAAAAACCGGAUGGACCUGGUGGGGCAAAUCACCCACAGAAAGCCCUUCAAAAGUAGUUAUCAGAGAGUCACCUGUGGAAAUUCUAAGCAGGGUUUUUGCUGAUAUCAAAACUAGUGGAGCAAUAAGAGCAGGAUCUACCACGUUCUCAAUGGUCAUGAUUUCCGAUUUGGAAAAAGGCAUCAUGAAAUCGUUAAAUGUUGGAGACAGUGGAUUUGUCAUUAUUAGAGAUGGAAUGGUUGUUUUUAGAAGUAAGACUCAGCAACAUAGGUUCAAUGCUCCUUAUCAGCUCACUAUUUGUCCUCCUGAAAGGAAUGGUUCAUGCAUUGAGAAUCAACCUACGGAUGGAGAUAUGCAAGAGCAUAAAAUUCAAGAUGGUGACGUUAUAGUCAUGGGAACAGAUGGAUUAUUCGACAAUUUAUUUGAUUGGCAAAUUCUUCAAAUAAUCAACAACCAAGGCCAAACCUUGUGGAGCGAACAACAACAAGCGGAUCUAUUGAAAAAAGUUGCGUCUGGAAAUGUUCAAGCCAUUGAUGAGCUUAAUCAAUUUUUACUCUCCAAAGCAAGACAAAUAGCCACUCUAGCCAGAGUUGUAAGCUUGUCAGAGAAUGCAUACACCUUCACACCAUUUUCUAAAGCAUAUUCUGAAGCCACAGGACGUCAGGUCAGUGGUGGAAAACCAGAUGACAUUACUGUCAUUGUUGCCAUGGCACUGAAACGCAAAUUACAACUUGAAUUACUUUCCAAAAAUCUUCACCAACAACAAUAA